UCACUUUUUCUCUCUCCCACAAAACACAUAAGCACAAUAGUGGCUAGAUUUGUGGUGUGCAGAGAGGCUAAGAAAUUGUUGGUGUGCUAAAAUAAAGCAGUAAAGAUUCCUUUCAUGUCAGGAUCAAGCUCCCAUUCAACAGAGAGUAUUGUGUAACAUCACACAAGCCACGCUACAUAACAGGAGUCCGAUACCAUGUACAAAAUGUCUGGAUUUGGACAUUUUAUCCUGUGCUACUAUAUUCUAGGAUAUAUUUGGUGCAGCUCCAGUGCUUGGCAGGUAACAAUGCCAAGGAAUAUAAAAGGAUUGUUGGGUUCCUGUCUUGUUAUCCCUUGCAGUUAUGAUUACGAUCAGUAUCCACCUAAAAGACCAGAUCGUGUAGUGUGGUAUCAAUAUGUGAGCAGAGGAUAUCCAAUAGUAUCUGACAACUGGAACAGGAAUGAUGUGCUGGACAUAUUUAAAGGAAGAACACGUGUAUAUACUUCUUCACACCAUCGGACAUGCAGUCUGUUGAUUGACCCAGUGACCUUGGCUGAUCACAGUCAGAAGCUUUAUCCCUGGGUGGAUCCUGAAAAUGUUGGAUGGAGAACCUACCGUUUCUAUGACACAACUGUAACAGUUGAAGUAGUAGGCACAGCAGAUCCACCGGUUAUCGAGAUCUUUGGAAACACGGUGGUUGGGCAGUCUGUAACAGUGCAAUGCAGUGUUUACCACACUUGUCCCACUUAUCCCCCAAGUCUGAGGCUCAACAUCCCACUGCGAAACGAACGUCUAACUCAUAGUCCUCUAUCUGAUGGAAGAUCCAAAACUAUGGUGACAACCACUCUGUUCAUAGAGAAAGAAUAUCAAACUGUGGAGUGCUAUGUCCGACACCAUGGUGGUCGCUCUGCAUCAGCAUCUAAAACCUUAACCUCACAAUGCUCCAUUUCAGAACUGACUAUCAGCUCUGCAUCAUAUGAAAUUCUGGAGGGAGAUCAAAGUACAGUAACCUGCACUGUUUCAUACACAUGCUAUCGAAAUAUUCCAACUCUGACAUGGAAUUAUGGUAAUAUGCCAGCCUCUUCUGAUACUAGCAAGUUAUCAGGGGGGGCUCAGUGGAGGACUGUCUCCACACUGACAUUUACAGCAUCAGCUAAUGAUGAUGGAAGAUCGCUGAUAUGCUAUGCACGCUUCCCUGGAGGUCAGACACAAGAAGCAAGCGUCACUCUGCGGAAAGUGAGAGAGUUAUAGCUUCAUACGGACAUCAAACUUCACCAGAAAAUCCAGUGACAACCCAUAUUCCAGAAGAAGUUGAUGCUGGUUCAACUACAACUAUCUGUUAUGAAAACAUGUUCAUCACAUCCUCUAGUGUCCUUGAGGAGUGUUUCUAACGUCAUGAGUGAGAUCUCACACACUAUGAUGUCACAACACUCCUUUGGUGUGACAAGUAAUAAGUCCACACAGUCAAGCUCAAUGUGAAGGGACAGACCACAUAGUUUUUGUGUCCUGUAUAUCUUAUACAAGUAUAUCAUAUAUUGCACUGUGAGUAAUAACCUUAAAUGUGUCUACAUUAUGAGGAUUACUGAUGUAUCAAAGUGUUUCCCCUGUCACCUUUUCAGUCUCUGAUCAUUUAUGUGGGACUUUUUCUAAAACAAAUCCCGAUUUUUAUUUUUAUUAUUAUCAAUAUUAUUAUUGCAUGAUUUAGUGAAACACAAAGUAACAACCUUCAGAGGUUUUAGAGUUAGGUCUAUAAUUUUCUGGACAAAGAUUUUUGUAGUUUGCUUUUGUAUACCAUCAUGUUGGAUUUUAAAUGAAAUAAUAACUGUAACUGAAUUGCAAACUUUCAGCUUUAAUUCAAGAAGUUUUACAAAAUGUUGCACAAGCUUUUUAGGAAUUGCAGGCAUGAUUGACAAGCAGUUUCAUGGCGAGGUGAGACCUGUUCCCUUUUUGAUAACAAAUAAAGUAAACUUUAUCUAA